AGGAAGGCCGUUAAAGCAUUUAGGCGAACCGUAAGCGGAUUCAAGGAGCAGUUAGCCGUAUUAAUAUAUACUAUAGGGGGCGGGCCCCCGCGUGUGCUAGACUUAAUCAGCACCCGGUAUUGCAACACAGUUAACGGUGGCCAGCGAAACAUAUUUAUUGAAGACGGU